AUGUCGCAAGCCACUACGGGGCUUCUGUGGAAGUCUGUCUCCUCCACAAUUUCGACACAGUGCCGACGAUGCAUCUCCCAAUCGACGUUUCCUAAGCAGACCCGGCCGACUACCGUUGCGCCGAGCAUGCUUCAGACGAGACCUUCCCCGGCGCAAAGGAGGACGAAGACGUUCAAGACCGUAGAGGAGGCAAAGAGCAGAUACAGAGCAGGGCCCUUUUCAUGGAAGGCAGGCCUGCUGUUCGUCGGAACCGGUGUUGGUCUGACAUGGUACUUUGAGGCCGAGAAGCAGCGCAUGGAGCGCAAGCGCAUUGCGGAGGCGACUAAGGGCAUGGGACGGCCCAAGGUGGGAGGACAGUUCGAGUUGACCGACCAGAACGGCAACAAGUUCACCAGUGAGGAUAUGAAGGGUCGCUACGCACUGGUCUACUUCGGCUUCACGCACUGCCCCGACAUCUGCCCCGACGAACUCGACAAGAUGGCCCAGAUGUACGACCUCGUCGAGAAGCAGCGCCCCGGCUCCGUCCUGCCCCUCUUCAUCACCUGCGACCCGGAGCGCGACACUCCCAAGGUGGUCAAGGAGUACCUGUCCGAGUUCCACCCGAAAUUCAUCGGCCUGACGGGCACCUACGACGAGAUCAAGGCCAUGUGCAAGCUGUACCGCGUCUAUUUCAGCACGCCGCAGCACGUCAAGCCAGGCCAGGACUACUUGGUGGACCACAGCAUAUACUUUUACCUGAUGGACCCCGAGGGCGACUUUGUUGAGGCGCUGGGGCGGCAGCACUCGCCGUCGCAGGCGGCCAAGAUUAUUCUGGACCAUAUGAAUGAUUGGCAGGGAGGGUGGAAGAAGGAGGAGUAG